UUUUAUCAUGCUGCGUUCUGUGAAGAUCGGGGCAACUGUAUCUUUUUCGGCAAUGCACUGGCACAGGGAGAAGCCAGCAGUCCAGGCAGAUUGAUGCACCCGCAAAACCCCUCGCUGAGACGAAGAUGGCCCUUGGAAUGCAGCGCAGGGAACGCAUCGGCAAGACAAUUGUUCAAACAGCUAUGCGCCUGGAAGGUGUACGACGGCAUCAGGACCACAGUCCAAACUCGGACGGACUCGACAAGGCCAUCGUCUACGAGGCUGCGCAGCUCCGCAUCUGCGCGGCCUAUGAAUGGAGAAUGCUGUGCCAAUAUGUGUCGCGCCUCGGCCGUCUGCGCCUGGUCGUCAUAUCCCAUGGGGAACGGCCACAUGUGGAGCUCCAGCUCAAUGUACUCGAGCGGAGGCGGGUUGUCGGGACGCUUGCGCAGCACCGCUACGGCCGCGGCGAGCGUGGUCCAGGGCUCGUCGUACAGGAAACCUGUCCGCUCUCUGUCUGACCUACUACACACCACGAGGACCAGUGUUAUUCUGCGCAGUGCAGGUAUGCUCGCAAAAUUAAGGUUCGGGUA